AUGUUCGGUAUUAGAAAUAACAUGACUAUGGAAAUUAAGAGAAAGCCUAAAGAGCCUACGUUAUCAAUGGAAAUUGAUCCCGAAGAGCAAGAUGAUGGAAUGAACAAGCCUUUCACCUACUCAUCUUCUUUGAAUUCAUUCAUGUCUUUCCCGAACAAGGCUAACAACAAUACGGAAGAGUUUAUGGUCGUACGAAAUCAUCGUUUAAUUAUGGCUCAUCAUCCCAAUGCUAAUCCGAAUGAUGAUAUUGAAGAACAUUACGAACCAGCCUCUUUAUGUUGGAAACCAAUGACAGAGUCGUUCGAGAUGACUAGUAAUAAGGACUCCGAAAUUGAUUCAAACAACUACUCUCAGCAACAACAUCAGCAACACAAUUUCCAAACACCUCAUCUGCCCAUGUUCAUGAAACAAUGGGGAAUGGAGGAAGAAAAGUUUCAAUGGAUGAUUGAAGAAGGCUCGUGCUCCUUGGGUGGGGAGCAUCAAUUGAUGGAAAUGGUUCAAAUGAUGGAUUGGAAGGCUCAUCAGGUGUAA